AUGGCCCCUCGUAAGACGUCGACAGUCACUCCGAAGGUCGCGUCGCCGGCGCGCAAGGCACCAGCUCCACGGCGGUCAAACCGCGCGAGUGUUGCUAGUCGUCGCGAUAGCAAUGCGCGGAACAAGAAAUCAUCUUCGCCAAUUGUGAAGGAGCAAAGUAUGAGCGACGAGGAUAUGUUUGCGACUGGCACAGGCGGGGCUGGGAAUCUUCGUGAGGACAAGGGCCCUGACGAUCCAAGCGACGAUGAGGAUAUGGAGGAGGAUCAGCCCAGUUGGUCUUCACCGGUAAACCGUGGCCGAGCGAAGAAGGACUCGGAGACGGGUUUGAAGCGACCUGUUCUGCGCCCUGUUAGGCGACGUGUCGAGGUCGUGUUACCCACCCGUCCUCGUCGCGUUGCGACGCGCUCUCGGGCGAAAGCGAAUGCAGGUGCCAAGCGCAGGCCACGCAGGAAGACUAAUGGAAACGAAUACGAGGACGAAUCCACCGAGGAAGAACGUGAUUCCGACGCAGAUAACGACGGUGUCGGAUUCAUCGAUAACGAAGCAGUGGAGACAGACGAAGAGGAAGGCAUGGAGAUUGACGCAGAAGAGCUGGAGAACGAUGGCGAUGAGGAUACACGGAACGAUCAUGCGUUUGGUGAAGAAGACGAGGGUGAAGAAGCGGAAGGCAUGGAUCAACAAGAAGACGACGACGAUGCUCGCGCCAGUGAUCAGGAACAGCGGCGAUUGCAGAAAGGGAAGCAAGUCGAGCGCAAGAGCAACCUGUUGCGGCGCAAUGCCCAAGACAAACACAACCACGCGUAA